GUUUUCACACGUCGCUCAAGUGUCUGCGAUGCGGCCGGGCCUGGUUCACGUGUGUGCGAUGUGGGUCCGUGUCCUGGUGGUCCUGCACGUCGGCCUACUGGGGGCCCCCGCGCUGGGCUGCUACCAGUGCCUGGUGGAUGUGAGCACCAGCCUGCGGCUCUGCUGGGGCCACUGGCUCACUCAGCACAAAAUCAGGAACUUGGACUCCUGCUUUAGGACCCUCGAUCGUGUGUUCAAUUACAACCAGAAGGUCAUCGAGGCUGGCAGAGUGGGGGAAGGCUACAGCGCACAGCUGAAGACUAUUCUGGAAGAACAGAUCCUGCCCAUGGUGGAGGAAUUUGACCGCAAGCUGAAUGAUGACACUGUGUAUGAGGAACGGUUGCAGAGAGCAGCAGACAGGUUUAUUGCGGAUGCCUCCAAACUGCCGAGGGUGUCUGGAUGCUUCCCCCCAUGUGGUUUUCAAGCAUCGGGUGCGGUUUACAACUGUGUCACCUGUCAGUACGAUUCGUGUGACCUCCCCCUGGACUGUCCAGUGGAAACGCUGAACGUCAUGGAGUUCAGUGGCACGCGUAUGUUGUGCAAUGUGCCGUUUCCAUUGCCUGACAACACUGAGGCGAUCUGGAGGUAUGCAUCACAGGUGGAGACCCGGAAGGUGGAUCAGUUUGAGGAGGUGACGGCGGGCGAGGACAGGCUCUACUCCAUCCCCAUGGCCCGGCAGUGGCACCAGGGCACGUACCAGUGUGAGCUGUACGCCGCGCAGCGCUCCGUGGUCAGGCUCUACUACUACCUGACAGUGACCCCCCAGCUUGAGGUGGGCCACACAGAGCUGCAGGAGAUCUUUGACCUGUCGGUGCUCCCAGGAGGGCGGAUGACCCCGGGGCCUGAUGGUUCACCCCACUCCCUCCUCCUGCCACCUCCUGCCCUCCUCACCACCUGUCUGGCAGCCAUUCUGCUCCUGCUGUUCCUGACCCUGGGGCUUUUGUACUGGUGCACAGCUCCAUUAAGCAUGCAUGAGGGAGACGAAGCCUGAGGAAACAGAAGUCCAAGAUGCCAUGGCAGAGAGUUUUAUGUGUGCAAUAAAUCUGUUAUGCCCUCUGUGACGUCAUCCAUUUCAAACAGCCUGUAAUUGUCGCUUUCUGCCACUAGAUGGCAUAGCGAACAAAGUUCCUCUCAACCAUUCAGUGUUGUACUUUCUGUCAGUCCCAUCCAAGGGUAUUCACUCAUUCAACAAUAUGAUGACAAAUCGAUCACAAUGUAGGCCCUCUCUGUUGUUUCUAAUGUUUGUGUUAGUGACCUCACUAGCCAAUGCACCCUUGGGCUAUACAAACUCUAGUCUCUCACUUUGACCACUUGCAAUAGAAUAGAUCUAGAUCUAAAUAUUUUACAAAAUCUUUAGCCUACCAAAUAUGUAGGCUAUUGUAAUGUGUGCACUCAGAUUGUGUGCACCUAGACACAUAUUUCUACAUUAUUGUUCAGUGUGUUUAAAUGUAAACGUUACUUUAUUACUCAAUGCAAUCAAUGGUUGUAAAUAGAUUUAUUUCUGAUAUUGUGUCAACGGAUAUUAUCUUUCUAAAAAUAACGUCCAGCCUGAAUGUAAGAAAGCGGUAAUAAAAGGGCGAACUCAUGUACAUGCUCUCCAUGAUCCCCUGGAUCUGUGAGGGAAUGUAUUGAACGUACAUUCUCAGUUGUUGCCCACAGUGAACUCUAUACACUCUAACCUAGAAGGAGUAAUGCCAUCUGCACCGGGUGAUAAAGACUUGUGGGUGAAAGGGUGUUGCAUGUCUUAUAAAGCCCUCGUACAUCAUCUAAAUAUAAACUGGCAUGAGUCACCACAUUUAAAAGCUUGAAAACGUUUUUCUCUCUCAGUGGUUUGUUUGGUUGCCUUGGAAACAGAUGAUGCAGGAGAGGAAGCCCGAACCAGAAGCGACAUUUGUGAGCCGAACUGCGUGUGUUGGUAGGCGGGAGCCAUGCCAGGCUACAGCAGAGACACAGUGAUUCAUAAUAAAUACUCCAGCUUCCCCAGGGUUAUAGUGCACACCUUUUUUCAAGUAAAGGAAUACCGUUUUUAGUGUGAAAAGGUUUUAGUUAGUUUGUUGGUUAAUCAGGAGGUUGGUUGGUUAGUCAGUUAGUCAGUUAGUUACUGUAGUUUAAUUGUUGGUUAACCAGUACGUUGGUUGAUUAGUCAGUUAGUUAAUUCGUUUGUUGGUUAACCAGUAGGUUCAUUGGUUUGUCAGUUAGUUAGUUCGUUUUGGGUUUUCCAGUAGGUUUGUUGGUUAGUCAGUUAGAUAGUUUGAUUGUUGGUUAAUCAGUAGGUUGGUUGGUUAGUCAGUAGGUAAAUGGGCUAGUCAGUUAAUCAAUCAGUUAGUUAGUGUGUGAGUUUGAUGGUGAGACGGUUAGUUACUUUGUUUGGAAGGAAUCAUGUUCAACAGUGAUCCAUGUUUAAGACCAUCUCAGCCGACUUCAUAGUUUCAUCAAACACUUCAGGUGACGAAGUGUCAUCACACACACAAGCAGAACCACAGAUAAAUAAACCUCAUCUUGAUGGGACAGCCAUGCUGUGAGCCUUCUCCCUGACCGGCAACACAGGUUAAACAGCUAUUGUCACACAGAGCGUUCACCAUAUCACAUAACAGUGAUAAUAUAUAUGUAGAUAUAUAUAUGCAUAUAUAUAUAUACCUAUCUAUAUAUAUAUAAUCUAUAUAUAUAUGCAAAUUUAUAUGUGUGUGUAUGUAAAACCGCUUUGGUCAUACAUAGCAUUCACCAUAUCACAGAGAUCUAGUCCAAACCAGACCACAGUGAUCCUUUCCAUUGUAUUUGUAUUUGAUUGUUAUUGGACAGUGUGCCUAAAACAACUCCAUUAGUGUAAUCCCCCCCCAAAAAAAAACCUAUAAAAACUAAUAAUGAAAUACACCACAUCAAUUUCCAUAUCUUUGGUCUUUGAUAUUUUGGUUCCUGGUCUUGUUUUUGUUUGCUUGUGUCUAAGUGACCAGAGUGAGACGUUUGAAUAUUGAAUGAGAUUGUGUCUCAAAGGGAGAUGAAGAUAAAGAUUAGAAGAUAGAGCAGGCUGGUUGGCUGAUUCGUGUCAUCAUUACAUGGCACUAUUUGAAUCUAAAAUGUGAUAAAGUAGGAGUUCCUGGGAUUUUAUCUUAGUCAUAUCUUAUCCAGUAAAAUGCUAAUUAUUUGUAAAUUAGAGACAGCUGUGACUGAAGAAAUGCAAUCAUUACUCCUGCGGCGGUCUACUUUCCAUAUUCAACAUUCUCCAGGGUUGCUCUUACUUUCAACAAAAGUUAAAGGAGACAUUGAAUAUGGAAUAUCCUCUCUAGGAUCUGGCCGUGAAUAACCAGCCGAGGGCAAAGCAUAGGAGGUGCAACAUGUGUGCCCUGAAGGCUGAUCCAAGGGUGUGUGGAAAUGGAACCAGACAGGGUGGGGAGCGCAGGAUAAUCUGAACCAGAUGUAGAGUAGGGGAAGUGAUUCUUGGCUUUGUCACUCUAGUUACCAAACUAACAUUUGUUCCAUCACGUCACAAACGUUUCACUAUUCAUUCAAACAAACUUUCCAGAAAAAGCAAAAAGAAAAGGGUUGGCGCAAAGGACGAUUUCCAUUUCUUAUCAAUGAGACGUGACCAGGUGGA